CUUAAGAAAAUUAACACGAGGGUUGUUAGAUUAUCGGGGCACCCUUGCUUGCAGGAGCCCUCUCUCUCCUAUUUUAGACACGGCGGGCGGGAAACUGAUAAUUUGGGAAAAUCUCUCCCUCCCUCCAAAUCCAAAUCCUUAAACCCUAACCCUCCCUCUCUCCUUCCCCAAUUUCGAGACAGGUCAGUUUCUCUCUCUCACUACCUCACCCAUUCAUGGCACUUCUCCACAAACCCCACACAGUAGAUAAAAUCCACAAAUCUCCUCUCGAUUUCGAAGAAGGUGAAGCCGGGGGCACCCCGAUACGCUACGUGUCGUUGGACCGUGUCUACUCUGCCGCAUCUCUCUGUGGAUCAGCCAACGUUAUGUCAAAGAAAGUUAAAGCCCGGAAGCUCUUACCCCACCACCAACACCACCUUCACCAUCCACGGGCCGACCACCCCCCUUCUUUACUCCACGUUUACUCUCGCCGUCCAAAACGGGCCCCCCGACCUUCCUUUUUUGAUUCGUUGGUUUCACGCGCCGCUGAGCCUAAGGAGGCGGUGAAGAGCGACUUUUGUGAAUUUGAGGAGGAGUCGAUGAUCGAGUUGAACAAGGAGAAGAAGAGGAGAAGGACGGGGAGUAAGGAGUUGCUGAAAUUGGGUGUCGAUUCUAAUAUUUUGCUAGGGUUUGAUAGGCCUCGAUUGAGGGAUUGCCGUAAUAAUACUAACAACAGUAAUAGUAAGAUUGGGGAUUUUAAGAGAAAGAAACGUGAUUCUAUGGUUACGAGUUCUGAUAAAUUUUCGGCCCUUCCAGCUACUAGUAAAAAAUGGGUCAGGUUGAGUUUUGAUGGUGUUGAUCCGAAAUCAUUCAUUGGGUUACCAUGCAAGGUUUACUGGCCAAUGGAUGCUGAAUGGUAUUCUGGACGUGUUGUUGGGCACAUCGCAGAUACCAAUCGAUACAAUAUUGAAUAUGAAGAUGGAGAUAAAGAGGACUUAAUAAUUUCGAACGAGAAAGUAAAAUUUUUUAUUUCUCAUGAGGAGAUGGAGCGGUUGAACCUGACUGUCUCUGUAAAAAGUACAGAUGGUGAUAGAUAUGAUUACAAUGAGAUGGUUGUGUUAGCUGCCAGUUUGGAUGACUGCCAAGAUCUCGACCCUGGGGAUAUCAUAUGGGCCAAAGUCACUGGUCAUGCUAUGUGGCCAGCAAUUGUUGUAGAUGAAGCACUUAUUGGCAAUCAUAAAGGCUUAAGCAAAAAUAUUGGAGGAAGAUCAGUAUCUGUGCAAUUUUUUGGUACCCAUGAUUUUGCAAGAAUUAAACCAAAGCAGGCAAUCUCGUUUCUCAAAGGACUUCUUUCUUCUUUCCACCUAAAGUGCAAGCAACCUCGUUUCACUCGAAGCUUGGAAGAAGCGAAAAUGUAUCUCAGUGAACAAAAGCUUCCGAGAAGAAUGCUGCAGCUGCAAAAUGGCAUGAAAGCUGAUAGCUGUGAGAGUGCGAGUAGUGAGGAUGAAGGGAGUACAGAUUCAGGAGAAGAUUGCAUACAAGAUGGAGGGAUUCGAAGGAUAUUGGCUAGGCUGGGUACUUCUCCUUAUGUAAUUGGGGAUUUGCAAAUAAUAAGCCUUGGAAAGAUUGUCAAGGACUCAGAACAUUUCCAAGAUGACAGAUUCAUCUGGCCUGAAGGGUAUACUGCCCUGAGGAAAUUUACUUCGAUAAAAGAUCCAAAUGUUCAUAUGAUGUACAAGAUGGAAGUGUUGAGAGAUGCCGAGUCAAAGAUUCGGCCUCUAUUUAGAGUGACAUUGGAUAAUGGAGAGGAGGUCAGUUAUGAUGAGAUUAAAGGAUCCACUCCAGCUGCUUGCUGGGAUAAAAUAUACAGAAAAAUAAGGAAGAUGCAAGAUAGUACUUCUAAUGGUUUUAGCACUGAAGGUGGAGUAGGAAGAAUACUCAAAUCAGGUUCUGAAAUGUUUGGGUUCUCCAAUCCUGAAGUUAUAAAAUUAAUUAAGGGAUUAUCAAAAUCUAGACAUUCUUCCAAACUGUCUAUGUGCAAGUUAUCAUCUGAAAGAUAUCAAGGCAUACCUGUUGGUUACAGACCUGUUCGUGUUGAUUGGAAAGACCUUGAUAAGUGCAAUGUCUGCCAUAUGGAUGAGGAAUACGAAAACAAUUUGUUCCUGCAGUGUGACAAAUGCAGAAUGAUGGUCCAUGCCAGAUGCUAUGGGGAAUUAGAACCUGUUGAUGGUGUGCUGUGGUUAUGCAAUUUAUGCCGACCAGGGGCUCCUGACUCCACACCACCAUGCUGCCUUUGUCCUGUUAUAGGUGGUGCUAUGAAGCCUACAACGGAUGGACGCUGGGCUCAUUUGGCUUGUGCCAUAUGGAUACCUGAAACUUGCCUAUCUGAUGUCAAGAGAAUGGAGCCCAUUGAUGGGCUAAAUAGAAUCAAUAAGGAUCGUUGGAAGCUUUUAUGUAGUAUAUGUGGUGUAGCUUAUGGAGCUUGUAUCCAGUGUUCAAAUAACGCUUGCCGGGUAGCAUAUCAUCCUCUUUGUGCACGCGCUGCUGGCCUUUGUGUUGAGCUUGAGGAUGAGGACAGACUCUAUCUCCUUUCUUUAGAUGAAGAUGACGCAGAUCAGUGCAUUCGCUUACUUUCCUUCUGCAAGAAGCAUAGGCAGCCAUCUAAUGAGCGUGUGGUCACAGAUGAACGGGUUGGUCAAAUUCCUCGUCGGUGUUCUGACUACAUCCCACCAUGUAAUCUAUCGGGAUGUGCUCGUACGGAGCCUUACAAUUAUUUUGGGAGAAGGGGACGGAAAGAACCUGAAGUCCUUGCUGCUGCAUCCUUGAAGCGAUUGUUUGUAGAGAAUCAGCCGUACUUGGUUGGUGGUUACUCUCAACAUGAGUCUUCAGGAUGUACACUUGCUUCUAAUGGACUCAUUAACUCUGGCUUCUCUUCUAGUCUUCAAAGGCUAAGAGCCUCUCAGCUUGAUGCUCCGAGUAACAUUCUCUCUAUGGCUGAAAAGUAUCAACACAUGCGGCAUACCUUCCGAAAGAGAUUAGCAUUUGGGAAAUCUGGAAUCCAUGGAUUUGGCAUCUUUGCAAAGCAUCCACAUAGAGCCGGAGACAUGGUCAUUGAAUAUACUGGUGAACUAGUCAGACCUCCAAUAGCUGAUAGGAGAGAGCACUUUAUCUACAAUUCAUUAGUGGGUGCUGGGACUUACAUGUUUAGAAUUGAUGAUAAACGAGUCAUUGACGCCACAAGGGCUGGAAGUAUUGCUCAUCUGAUUAAUCACUCAUGUGAGCCCAAUUGCUAUUCAAGAGUUAUAAGCGUUAACGGUGAUGAGCAUAUAAUUAUAUUUGCAAAGAGAGAUAUUAAAAGAUGGGAGGAACUCACAUAUGAUUAUAGAUUUUUCUCAAUUGAAGAAAAACUAGCAUGCUAUUGUGGCUUCUCUCGAUGCCGUGGUGUGGUUAAUGACACGGAAGCUGAGGAGCAAGUGGCUAAGCUCUAUGCUCCUCGCAGCGAAUUGACAGACUGGAAAGGAGAAUAAAAGAGUGAUUUCUCAUGACCAGAUAUGACUGGAAAACUUCUGAAGACAGAUUGUGUCCUCUCCACAGUUUGCUCAUCUAGCAUGCCAUUUUGCAAUGCCAAAGGUUGUGGAUUUUUGUUUCUGCGGUCCUAUAUUCUUGUUACCUUUUCUCUUUUCUUAUACCCGUAAAGAAAAAUCAAGUGAUUCCGCUUCUUCACCUCUCUCGUUCCUUCCCCCUCCCUGAACAUGUUAACUUUCUGAACCUUGAUUCACCAAUUGAGAUCUUACCUGUCCAUACAACACUUUAGUUCAGCUUACAGGUGGACACUCUGCCUCGCUUUGUAAUUUUUCCACAGAUAGGUACAGUAAUAUUUAUGGAACCAGAUAAAUGAAAUCUCAAUAUUCAUCCAGUUCAA